AUGAAUGAGGUGGAUCAGGUGGUGGUCUUGCGUUACGAUCAAAUCCGUGCAUCAGCGAUUCGCGAUUGCACAGGACCACAAGGGCUAUCCAACACCGUGGUCUUUCCGGAAAGGAUCCUCAUGAAACUGCGCCAAAGAGUGAUCGAGUUGCAAGACGAAAUUAAGCAACAGAAACAACGACAAAAGAUAAAUCGCACGCAUCUUUUCCGUAUGAAUAUUGACCUAAAAGCUAUGGAAGCGCAAGCUCAAGAACUACGAGCUAAAAUGCGCGAUGUGCUAACUCGAAAAUUGGGCAAACCACGUCACGUCGAUCGUACUCUGGACGAUUUGCUGCGACAAAUGACACGACGUCACAAAUUUUCUGCCACUUUAGGCUCCUUACAACAGAUUAUGCAACAACUUCGACAGUGGCACGAACGUCAUGGGGAGUUGGAGAAGAAGUAUCUAAGACUCCUUAAUCAGUAUUCGGAUCGGCUUCGUUUAGCAGCCGCUCUACAAGCGGAUGUUUUGCCACAAAAGCGGUCAAAAGACCCAACUGUUAUGGCGGGUGGGUAUGAACCAGAACAGUACAAACGAGACGUUGUUCGCCUUCGAAUAAUUCGCUCGCAGCAAUUACAACAAAUUGAGGCACUAUCAGAAGAAAUAAACAGUUUGCGACUAAAACCUUUGUCGCAAGCGUCUCAGCCACCACCAUUCGAGCUUCCGUCGGUCGAAUCUGAACGCUCGCAAAUCUACCUCUCUAUGCUACCACGCACAACGCUAUUGCAGCCUAAAAAGUAUUUUCCAAUAACACCUCUAGCGUCUCAAACCCAACUCAUUUCCGACGUAAACAUAACGAAGCUACUAUACGACUGUCUGGACGCAAUGCGUGUAACACGAGACGACGCCGAUCAGCUUCUAAAAGAUCUUACCGACGAGUUGCCCGACGUUUUGUCAGGCAUGAAGUCCCGUUUUGAAGUCAUAGAUUCACUAGUUCGCAAGUGGCUGCUUAGGUACGGUGGUGACCCAAGCCAUUACAAGAAACAAACUCGUGCCUUCGAUGCACUCGCUACUUUAGCUGAUCGUCUUAUUAAACAACACGUAGAAGCGAUGGAGGGUACCGAAUCCAAGUCUUUGGCAGCUAUAAAGUCACUAGAAGAAGCAUUAAAGGAGAUUUCAGAUAAGAAGCAAUCUCUUCAUGAACGCCUCGGUCCAGCUCUAGCGGCGUUGUUACAUACAACUCACAUGUCUUAUUUAGCAACUGAAGAAACCAUGACGUCGCUUGUAAACUCUCUAAUGGCAGGUGACCGGCAAUUUACGGCCGAGUCCAUUGACCGCAUCCAACUUACAGACGUUGUCAAUGACAUUAAAGAUUGUGGUGUUCAAGCUCCAUUAGAAGAACUAGAAAAUAUUGUAAGAAUAGCUGUUGACUGUCUGCGAUCGCAGCUUUUGGGACCAGAGGAGGCGAGGCACUUAGACGCAGAAGUUGAAAAAGCCUUAUCAAUUGAAUCAUUUAAUAACAUAAAAUAA